GUGUUACAAAGUCAGUGAAUCACUUUCUUUUUAGUGGAUAAAUAAUAAAUGGAGAGAAAGGUUCCAUAUCACUGCUAUGGCAACUGCGAGAACCAGAUGGGCAAAUGUUAUGUCCCAUGGCGCUGGAUUCUCUGACCAGGUUGUGGAACUGGACUUGUUGUAUCCAAGUGAAGGUAUGCAUAAACGAUGGGAUGCCGAGUAUAGGAUAACAUUAACUGCAGCUACAUCAAACCAAGCUGCUUUUAUUCUAAGCAUCCGAGAAGAAAACUUGCAGAUGAUACACAUGACACACUUCGCACUUCUGUGUUUCCUAGCAAACAUGUCAAGGGCAAUGGUCGUGUAUGCUUCACGAAGUGGUGCCAACAUUAGGGUUAAACUCAUCUGGAAUAACGCUAGGUAUCCAUGUCAGCCAGAAGGUAUUGAAUGUGGGUCCUAUUUGAUGAAGUUCAUGAAGGAGAUAGCUUAUGAAGGAGUUGAAAUACUUGACAAUGAUAAUGUUGGGAAAGGAGUAGAAGAAUACUCGGCUGCGGAUAUGGAUGACAUUCGUGAAGAUUGGUCGACUUAUGCAGUUAACUCUAUUUUUAAGUUAUAAAUCGUAUUUUAGGUAUUGAUAAUGAAUUGACAAACAAUU